GAUUAGUUUGUUGAUUGCCUCGUUCCCAUGCACAGGAAAAAUAAAAAGAGGUUGGAGUGGAUUGUUUGUUUUCCUGUGGAAUGGAUGGCCAAGGAAAUUUUCCUUCGAAUUUCCUCUGAUUUUCCUACAGGGGAUUCCUUUGAUCCGAAUGCUGCUACAGUACCCGAAUCCAUAGGAAUGCAGAUCCUAUGUUUUUCCUGAGUUUACCCUCCGAUCCGAAUAAGCCCUAAGGCUAGUAGGCGAGCGGAAGCGGCGUCCGCCUUCAAUGCUCCUUCGUAUCGCCAGCACAAAACACGCCCCGCUUCGCCGCGCCCAAAAUCCCACCGCCGCCGCCUCCUCACCCGCUGCGCGCUCGCCGCCGUGGCCGCCGCCUCCGUCUCCGCCUCGCCUCCGAUCCCUCCCGGGGGUGAAGAGAAGGAGAUGGCGGAUGAAACACUUGAUUUGAAUGAGCCGCCACAUGAAAAUCAAGGUGGUGGCUUGAACUAUGUAUUAUUACAAAAAGAUUCUAAGAACAUAUGCCGCACCAAAGUCUGUGAUAUUCCAGUUAAAGUGCCCUCGGUUUGGUCAAUUGUUAGGUUUGUGCCAACUAAGGUGUACCAGCAGUGUGAUUUCCUGAAAUUUUCACUGCUUCCUGAACCUGAAGAUGAUCGUCAGAAUAUUGAAUGGGGAAAGUUCAUGCGUUUCCUCUGGGACAAUCAGAGGGUUGCUGUAGUUAGAUUCAGCUCCUUUGCCUUACAUAUUUUCCCUCCUCAAUCUCAUGAAUCUCAUGAACGCCCUAACUUCUCACAUGCGGUGGUCAUGUAUGAGCAAAAAGAUCCUGGAGACUGCAAACCGAUGGCUGGAGUAUCUGAUGCUUUAAAAAGGUCAUACAGAAGUGAUUUCCAAUCUGGCUCGAUGAAUCCAAAGUCAUAUUUGAGAGAGGAGAUUUGUGAUAGUGGCCCAAAUCCUAAGGAGAUGAAUGCCUCGCGUGUCACAGAGCUGCACAAAUCAGUUCCAGAAUCAUCACCAUGUGAGUCUGUUGAAGAUGGCCCUAGAAUUUUAGAUCCAAUAGUGAAAAAGAGAACCACCACUCUUGCAAAAAAUUUUGUCAGCACGGAUCCUAGUUAUCUGCGAACACUCAGUCAGACACAUGCUGGCUGGGUCUUUGGAGCAAUAGCAGAGCUCAUUGACAACUCUAGAGAUGCAGAUGCAUCAAGGUUGAAUAUUUCAGUCAAAUCAUUGUUUUCGAAGAAAGCAGACAAAAAAAUCCCUGUCUUGUCUGUAAUUGAUGAUGGGCAUGGAAUGACUUGUGCUGAAAUGAUGAGAAUGAUCUCAUUCGGUCACAAAAGACCGGAUAAGCAACGCCAGGAUCAAAUUGGGAGGUUUGGAAUUGGAUUUAAGACUGGUGCUAUGAAACUUGGCAGAGAUGCAAUUGUGCUAACCCAAACUUCAUCUUCCAGAUCAGUGGCCUUCCUAUCUCAGUCUUUUAAUGAAAAUAAAGAUAAUCUUGAGAUACCUGUGGUGACAUAUCGUAAAGAAGGGCAAUACAUGGAAGUUGAUUCAAGUGUCCAAUCUGAAGCUACUGCUGAAUAUAACCUGAAUGCUAUUAAGGAAUUUUCUCCCUUCAAUGAGUAUUUCAUUGGAGAAAAGCUAGGGAUAUUUGGUGAAGACGGUACUGGAACACAGAUUUAUAUAUGGAAUUUAGAUAGAUGGGGUGCAGAUUACACCUUGGACUGGAGUUCAGGGAAGCCAUCUGAAGAUCCUGUCCACCAUGGUCGUGGAGACAUACUAAUCCGUUCAAGAAGAGUCAGAUUGCGCCCAGGACAAACAAGUAACAAUGUACCAUUGGACUAUUCUCUUCAGUCCUAUUUGGAAGUUAUGUUCCUGAAUCCUCGGAUGAAGAUCUCUGUCCAAGGGUCUUCGGUCAAAACUCGCCCUUUAGCAAAGACCCUUAACAAGACAUCUGUUAUAUCUGGUGAAAUAAUGGGUAGGACUAUUCAAUUGACCCUUGGAAGGAGCAAUGUAGAAUGGGACAGAAUGAACUGUGGAAUUUUCUUGUAUUGGCAUGGCCGUCUAAUAGAGUCUUACAAACGAGUUGGAGGUCAAAAGCAUAAUGCUGACAUGGGACGUGGAGUAAUUGGAGUUGCAGAUAUCACAGACCUUAUUGAUGAUGAAGAUGGUAAUUCAUGGGUUCUUAACAGUAAACAAGGGUUCCAAGAUUGUGAAAUGUAUGCUAAACUGGAGGAGUGGCUUGGUAGGAAAGCGGAUGAAUACUGGGAUACAAAUUUUGACACUCUCGAAUUGAGCACAGAGAAGACACGCCUCACAAGCACCCCACUUAAGCUACAUAUAAAUUGCAUGUGUACAUGUGUUAAUAAUUUUGUAGAUCAGGAGAUGUGCUUUCCUGUUGAAUGCACACAAUUGCAUUGGCACACUGUCGAUCUUGGUCAUGACUCAUUCCCUCCCACCACCAGGCUACUAAGAAAAGGGAGUGAGCGCUAUAAGGCUGAUCAUGAGUGGGUUCAGUGCUACAGCUGUCGUAAAUGGAGAAUAUUGAAUGCAGGCUUCGAUACAAAGUCUCUGCCAGAUGAAUGGUUUUGCUACAUGCCACCAUUCAAUGGGAAAUGUGAGGUUGCAGAGCAACAAAUGGCACGUGGUGUCAUUGUGAUAGGUGAGAAACGAUCUGAACAUGAUAAGCGUGAUAGGAUUACCCAGCAGGAAGAGGUGGCUAAGGUAAAUGCAAGAGAAACUAGGUCCGAUGACAGCCAGUCUCAAAAAUUUACUCAAGAUGAAGAUGUGAAGGACGUCAAACUAAUCUCAACGGUUGUCAACAAGAAAAGGAAAUCAUCCAAUGGGACCCGGUCGAUGGACAAAAACAACAGCGAAGAUAAGCAUGAUGAUGCUGAAGGCGACUCCUCACAAACUCAGCCUGGUACCCCUCGCCCUGUUUUGAAGAGGAUACGUAGGGGCCCUGCUAGAAGUUGUAAGCAGUCAUGAAGAACGAAAAUUGCCAGCUAGCAAUAGAUUCCUUUGUUUAGAUGCCGAUGCGUGAUGCUUCUCUUGCCAAAGCAGCUCUUCCCGUGGUGUAGUUGGUUCCCGAUUUGUCUCUGCUUGCUUAAGCAAAACUCAACUCAUCAAUCGUAGCGGCUUGUUUAUAUAUGAAAAAAAAACUGCGACCUCGUCUGUAAGUAGUGUGCAUCCUCGCUCAUGGAAGUUCUAUAUAUAGGCUUUAGCUUUUAGGUGCUGAAAUGUGUACAGUAGCCUGUCAGCAAGCUAGGCGCGACAGUUUCGAUAGCAUGAUUGUUGUGUGAUGAUCAUCACCAGUAUGACUAGAAAACUUCUUCACUGCACUAGCGUGUGCUUUACUGCUACUCUCUUCGUAGUUUUUCGUCACUGUGCCUGUGGUGAGUGUGAAACCCAGUGCCAUUUGCAUGUUCACCCAAUGAUUCAUUCACUCCAGGCCUCGCGAAUUGAUUCAAGAAUA